GAGACCGGAGGGUAGACAGCUCUGAGCUCAACCCUUAGCUCUGAAAGCCCGUCUCUGUCCGCCUCUCCCCCUACCCCACCUGUCCCCCUCACAGCUCAAAGCUUGGGCCCAGGAGUCUGGGUCCCAGGAGAAGGAAGCUUCAAAGAGCACAGACCAGCCCUCCCUGCUGGGCAGCGAUGGCCGGCGAAGCCCAGAGGCGGCUGGCCUGGUACUUGGAGGAAAUGAAGAAGGAGCAGCUGAAGGAAUUUCAGCUUCGGCUGCCUGCUGAGGAGCCCGGAGGUCACACUCCCAGGGUGGCCCUGGCUCAACCAGAGAAGGCGAGUGGCGUGGAGGUGGCCUCACGCCUGGUGGCUCAGUACGGGGAGCAGCAGGCCUGGGACCUGGCCAUCCGCACCUGGGACCAGAUGGGCCUGAGCAGGCUGUGCGCCCAGGCCUGUGCAGAGGCGGCCUUGAUGUCAGCCCAACCUCCCUCAUUCCCCUACUCCCCAAGUGCACCCAACCUGGAGUCCCCCAGCUGGCCCACCUCCACCGAGGUGCUGGAAUUCUGCAGCUCUCAGCUCCCAGCGCUCCACCCAGACUCAGAGAGAAGGAAUUGGAGAUCUCAAUUUUGCUCAUCUGGACGUAACUGGAACGCUUUCCCAAGUUCCCCAGACCAUGAGUCACCAAGCCAAGAAUUACCCAAUGACCCCACAUCCACAGCAGUGCUAAGAAUCUGGGAACCCAGCCCAGAGCCCGGAAAGAAGGAGGCUCCUGGGACGGUGUUGCCUGUGGCAAGUGCAUGUGGAAACAGAUGCACAGGAACCAGAGAGAUAUACCAGAACCAAAGGAGAGAGAGGCCUUGCCCCACACAGUCAUGGAAAAAUGAAGAUUUGCACCAAAAAUUCACACAGUUGCUACUUCUACACAGAUCUUACCCCAGAGGCCAUGAGCCCCUGGCCAGGGGAAGCUGGGAUCACAGGGUGGUAGAGGAUCAAGGACAUUUGAUUGAAGUCAGAGACUUAUUUGGCUCAGACCUCGGUACCCAGGAGGGGCCUCGCACAGUCAUAGUGCAUGGGGUUGCUGGAAUUGGGAAAUCAACACUGGCCAGGCAGGUGAGAGGAGCCUGGGAGGAGGGCCAGCUGUACAGGGACCACUUCCAGCAUGUCUUCUACUUCAACUGCAGAGAGCUGGUCCAGUCCAAGGUGAUGAGUCUCAUUGAACUCAUCACAAAAGACAGGGCUGCCCCUGGGGUUCCCAUUGGACAGAUCCUAUCUCAGCCAGAGAAGUUGCUCUUCAUCCUCGAUGGUUUAGAUGAACUGAAAUGGGUCUUGGAGGAGCAGAGGGCUGAACUCUGUCUGCACUGGAGCCAGCAGCAGCCAGUGCAGACGCUACUGGCCAGUUUGCUAGAGAAAACCAUUCUUCCCGAGGCAUCCUUGUUGAUCACAGCUCGGACCACAGCUCUGCAGAAGUUCAUUCCUUCUUUGAAGCGACCACGUUGGGUGGAGGUCCUGGGGUUCUCUGAGUCUUCCAGGAAGGAAUAUUUCUACAAAUAUUUCACAGAUGAAAGCCAAGCAAUUAGAGCCUUUAGCUUGGUUGAAUCAAACCAAGCACUCUUGACCUUGUGUCUCACACCCUUGGUGUCCUGGCUGGCCUGCACUUGCCUGAAGCAGCAGAUGGAAUUGGGGGGAGAACUCUCACUGACGUCACCAACCACUACAGCCCUCUAUCUGCACUACCUUUCCCAGGCUCUCCCAGCUCAGCCCCUUGGGACUCAUUUGAGGAGCUUCUGCUCUCUAGCUGCUGAGGGUAUCUGGCAAGGAAAGACUGUGUUCAGUCCAGGGGAUCUCACGAAGCACAGGUUAGAUGAGGCCAGCAUCUCCACUCUCAUAAAGAUGGGUGUUCUUCAAAAGCAUCCCACCUCUCUGAGCUACAGCUUCAUUCACCUGUGUUUCCAGGAGUUCUUUGCAGCCAUGUCCUAUGCCUUAGGGGACACGGAGGAGAAAAGUGAUCACCCUGACAGCACUGGAAGUGUGAAAACGUUGCUAGAAGUAUAUGGGAGACAUAGCCUGUUUGGGGCACCGAUCAUGCAUUUCUUAUUUGGCCUUUUGAGUGAGCAGGGGACAAGAGAGAUGGAGAACAUUUUCCACUGCCAGCUGUCUCGGGAGAGAAAGCGGGAAUUGCUGUGGUGGGCUGAACUGGAAGUCCAGGGUGAGUGUUCCUCCCUGAAGCUAUACUCUCUGCAGUUGCUUCACUGUUUGUACGAGAUUCAGGAUGAGGAGUUCCUGACACAAGCGAUGGCCCAUUUCCAAGGAACAAGGAUGUGUGUCCAAACCGGCAUGGAGCUCCUCGUGUUCACUUUCUGCCUUCGAUUCUGCUGCCACGUGAAGAGGCUUCAACUGAAUGAGAGUGGACAGCAGGCACAAGCACAGAGGCCCCCCGGUGCAGUGCUGUUGAGCAGGGUCCCGGUCACAGAUGCCUGCUGGCAGGUUCUCUUCUCCGUUCUCCAGGUCACUGGAAGCCUGAAAGAGCUGGACCUGGGUGGAAACUUCUUGAGCCACUCUGCCAUACAGAGUCUUUGUGAGGCCCUGAGAUGCCCGAGGUGCCACCUAGAGACCCUGCGGUUGGCCAGCUGCAGCCUCACGGCGGAAGGCUGCAAGGACCUUGCCUCUGGGCUGAGUGCCAGCCAAACCCUGGUGGAGCUGGAACUAAGCUUCAACGUGCUCCUGGACACUGGAGCUGAGCACCUUUGCCAGGGCCUGAAACAGCCAAGCUGCAAGCUGCAGCGACUAUUGCUGGUCAGCUGCGGCCUCACGUCCGGCUGCUGCCAGGACCUGGCUUCCAUGCUCAGGGCCAGCCCCAGCCUGACAGAACUAGACCUGCAGCAGAACCACCUGGACGACCUCGGCCUGAGGCUUCUCUGUGACGGGCUCAGGCACCCUACCUGCCGGCUCGCACUCCUGUGGCUGGACCAGACUGAGCUGAGUGAGGAGGUGACAGAGAUGCUGAGGGCCCUGCAGGAGGAGAAGCCUCAGCUGGCCAUCUCCAGGAUACGGAAGCCAAGUCUGAGGAUCCCUGAUGAGAGCCCAGAUGGAGGAGAGACGAGUGAUAACACGUCCUCGCUCAAGCGGCAGAGACAAGAAUCAGGUAGGGACCUAGGGGCAUCCAGGCAGGAGAAUCUAAAGCUAGCCACUGCCCUUUCUGUUCCAGAGGGAAGCUCCCCUCAAGUAGCACAGGUGGAACCCUUCCGUCUGUCUUCUCCUGCCCGUCCGGGGGACCAGCACUUGGAGUCUCUGGGGACCGAGGAUGACUUCUGGGGCCCCACAGGGCCUGUGGCUAUCGAGGUAGUUGACAAAGAGAGGAGCCUGUACCGAGUUCACUUCCCCAUGGCCGGCUUCUACCACUGGCCCAACACCGGUCUCCGCUUUGUGGUGAGAGGGCCAGUGACUGUUGAAAUUGAAUUCUGUGCCUGGGACCAGUUCCUGAACAGGACUUUCCCACAGCACAGCUGGAUGGUUGCAGGGCCUCUGUUUGACAUCAAGGCUGAGCCAGGAGCCGUGGCAGCUGUGUACCUCCCUCAUUUUGUGGCCCUCCAAGGGAACUAUGUGGACAUCCCCAUGUUCCAAGUGGCCCACUUCAAAGAGGAGGGGAUGCUCUUGGAGGAGCCAGCCAGGGUGGCACCAUAUUACACCGUCCUGGAGAACCCCAGCUUCUCGCCCAUGGGGGUGCUACUGAGGAUGCUCCACACUGCCCUGCGCUUCAUUCCCGUCACCACCACUGUGUUGCUCUACCAUCACCUCCAUCCUGAAGAAGUCACCUUCCACCUCUACCUGAUCCCCAGUGACUGCUCCAUUCAGAAGGCCAUAGACGAUGAGGAAAAGAAGUUCCACUUUGUGCGAAUACACAAGCCGCCCCCGCUGAGCCCACUGCACUUGGGCUCCCGCUACAUCGUGUCUGGUUCAGAGAAGCUGGAAAUAAUGCCCGAGGAACUGGAGCUCUGCUAUCGGAGCCCCAGAGAAUCCCAGCUGUUCUCUGAGUUCUACGUUGGCCAUUUAAGGUCAGGGAUCAGGUUACAAAUGAGAAACAAGAAAGAUGGGAUUGUGGUAUGGGAAGCCUUGGUGAAACCAGGAGAUCUCAGACCUGCAGCUACUCUGGUCCCUCCAGGCCCAAUAGCCUCACCUUCACCCCCAGAUGCCCUGAGAUUGCUGCACUUUGUGGACCGGUAUCGGGAGCUGCUGGUGGCUCGAGUGACAUCCGUGGACCCCGUCCUGGACAAGCUGCAUGGACAGGUGCUGAGCGAGGAGCAGUAUGAGGGGGUGCGGGCUGAGGCCACCAAGCCAAGCCAGAUGCGGAAGCUAUUCAGCUUCAGCCGGUCUUGGGACUUGGCCUGCAAAGAUCGCCUCUAUCAGGCCCUGAAGGAGACCCAUCCUCACCUAAUCAUGGAACUCUGGGAGAUGUGGGGCAGUGGAGGAGACCCAGGCAGGCUCCUGACAAGCUCCGCAGCUGUCUGAACACCUGCUGUGAGUCCAGGCACUUCCUGAUAGCUCCUUAGGUCUGUUUCUUCACCUAUAAACAAGUU